AUGAUUAAUCACGAAAUUGUCUAUAAUAAUGUUACAAUUGAUGAAGCACAAGAAAAACGUUUUAUAAAUAGACACCGUUCACGUGAUCGUACAAUAACUAUAAUGCUAGUAUCAGUUGCCGUCUCCUAUCUUGUUCUAACAUUACCAUAUCGUCUACUGUGGAUUUAUAAUGUAUGGGUCAAACGUUCAUAUCCAGAACGAUUAAAUUCAAUCAGUUACGUAUGGAAAAUACAUUAUAUUGAUCAUUUUUUGAGAACAGUAUCGAAUAUACACUUUGCAACAAAUUUUAUUUUUUUCAUAUUAUUAUCAAAAGCAUUUCGCGAAAAAUUUCGACAGUUAUUUAUUGAUAAAUUCAAAUCUAUAAUUAGUAAUCGAUCGAAUAAUAAUAAUAAUAAUAAUAUGGAUGUUUGCUCAAGUAUUGUUCAAUCACAACAUGUGAAAGGUGGUUAG